UUAUGUAUGUAUAUAUAUAUAUAUGUAUACACUACCGUCAAAAAGUUUGAGAUCAAGGAUACAAUGGACAUAAUCUCUUUGAUAUUGUGCGCCCUGUUCAUUAUCUUAAUAAUUCCGUCAACUAUAUCAUUAAUAUAUCGUCAGUAUGUUAUUCGACGGAAGAUUAAAAAUAUAUCUCAGUGCGGUGGAUUUCCUUUCGGCGUGGCAUUUGAAAUGAUAAAACUGAGCAGUUAUGAACGCGUCCAAUGGUUUAAGAAACGUAUAUUGCAUUUUAAAGAAGGAAUCUUCGUAUAUUGGAUUGGUCUAAAUCCGUUUAUUAGUAUCUAUAAACCUGAAUUUAUAGAGACUAUUUUGCCCAGCACCGUAAAUAUCGAGAAAGGAGAGACUUAUAAGUUGUUACAUUCUUGGUUAGGCAUGGGACUUCUCACUUCUACAGGGAAACAAUGGUUUCAUGACAGAAAACUCAUCGGGCCAACGUUUCAUUUUAGUAUAUUGGAUCAAUUUGCUAUAGUUAUGUCUGAAAAAUCAGAGAUCCUAACAAAAUGUCUUGAGAAGGAAGUAGCAAAAAAUCCAGGGAAAGCUAUCAAUAUUUUUCCGUUCUGUAACAAUGUUGCUCUUGACGUCAUAUGUGAAACUGCAAUGGGUGUGGAUGUACGUGCUCAAGAAGUUGAAACCAUGUAUACCACAACAAUACAUAGAAACUCUGUAUUAAUACUCAAACGACUAUUUCAACCGUGGCUUUGGUCAGAAUGGGCGUACAACUUAGUGCCUACAGGAAAAGAAUAUAAAUCAGCGGUCAAUAGACUACAUAAAUUCACGAAUGAAGUAAUAAGUAAGAAAAAGAUUGCACGAGAAUCGCAAAACGGUUUCGUCAAAUCAGAAAACGAGGAUGAAGAUGAAGAUAUUGAUAUGAGGAAACGGAAGAGGAAAGCUUUUCUGGAUCUGUUACUAGAUCAGAAUGAGAAAGACGAAGCUCCGUUAACCGAUGAUGAAGUAAGAGCACAAGUCGACACAUUCAUGUUCGAGGGUCACGAUACAACUGCGGUUGCAAUAACUUGGACGCUCUUUCUUUUGGGCAAUAAUCUCGAGCAACAAGAAAAAGUUCACCAAGAACUCGAUGAAGUUUUUCAAGAUUCUGAAACACCAGCCACCGUAAAGGAGCUAUCGCAAUUAAAAUACCUCGAGAGAGUCAUAAAGGAAACGCUCAGAAUAUUCCCAAGUGUGCCCUUUAUCUUUAGAAAAUUAACGGAAGAUGUAAAAAUAGGUGAUUAUACGCUCCCGAAAGAUACUACGGUUUCAAUUGAAAUCCUAUUCACCCAAACAAAUCCGGAAGUUUGGCCAGAUCCAGAGAAGUUCGAUCCAGAUCGCUUCCUUCCGGAGAAUGUGAGAAAUAGGAAUCCAUAUGCUUAUAUUCCGUUCAGCGCUGGACCGAGAAACUGUAUCGGCCAAAGGUUUGCUUUACUCGAAGAGAAAACGAUAUUAACAGCUUUUUGAGAAAAUGGAGAGUGAAAAGUGUAAAAAAGACAGCUGAUAUUCAAUAUGGAUCCGCUCUUAUUU